AUGCUUGGGUACAAAUUGAGUGACACACCGAUCGAAGCAAGAAAAAGAACAGACGCUGUCAGAAAACUAGUGGAAAGAGACAGAUAUCAGAGACUAGUUGGGAAGCUUAUAUACCUAUCCCAUACUAGACCUGACAUUGCAUUUGCAGUCAGUGUGGUAAGUCAAGAUAUGCAUUCACCAAAGGAAGCUCACUUAGAAGCUAUGUACAAGAUUCUUAGAUACCUUAAGGGCUUCUCGAGUAGAGGAUUAUUCUUUAAGAAGAAUGCAAGCAAGGAAGUAGAAGUCUUUACCGAUGCGGAUUGGGUUGGUUCGACAGAAGAUAGAAGAUCUACCAUCGGGUAUUGCACCUUUGUAUUUGGAAACUUAGUAACUUGGGGAAGCAAGAAACAUAAUGUAGUGGCUAUAAACAGUGUUGAAGUUGAGUUUCGAGUAAUUGCUCAAGGGAUAUGUGAAGUUUUGUGGCUAAGGAAACUCUUGGAAGAACUUCAGAUCAUAAUAAAAUAUUCAGUCAAACUGUACUGUGAUAAAAAAGCAGCCAUCAACAUUUCUCUCAAUCCAGUUCAACAUGACAGGACCAACCAUGUAGAAGUGGACAAACGUUUCAUUAAGUAA